GCAUGUGGUCCUCAACUCCAGGCGGUGAGCUCUGUGACAGGAGCGCGGCUCUCUGCGUACCGUUUCCAGGGAGCAAAUAAACAGCCUCCCACUGUGCGUGUGGUAAAGGAGUUUUCCUGGCAGAAGAGAACUGGGCUGCUGGUUGGCUUGGAAGAAGCAGAGGGAAGCGUUCUCUGUCUGUACGACCUUGGAAUAUCAAGAGUGGUUAAAGGCGUGGCUCUUCCAGGAAGGGUAACUGCUGUAGAGCUCAUAACUAAUCACGGAGGCAUCACCAGUGCGAGCGCUCGGCACCUACAUCCGAGCCUGCAAUGGCUCUUUGGCGUGGCAGCAGUGGCUACAGAUGUUGGCCACCUACUUCUGGUUGACCUUUGCUUGGAUAAUUUAUCUUGCAGUCAGAAUGAAAGAGAAGCAUCGGAUCUGGAAGUUGCCAGUGGAAUUCCUGUGGGAGUUCCAAAGAGAAGAAAAACUGUGGCCAGAGAAGGGAGACAUCUCUGUUUUCAAUUACAAAAUCCUUCGGGAACAGCAGUAUCAACCCUGAGCUACAUAAGCAGAAGCAAUCAUCUCGUCGUGGGUUUUUCCGAUGGCUACCUGUCACUGUGGAACAUGAAAACGUUGAAGAGGGAGGACCACUCUCAGCUUGCAGGAGGAAGGAUUCCUGUCUAUGCUGUCACUUUUCAAGAGCCUGAAAAGGAUCCUCGCAACUGUUGCUACUUGUGGGCUGUUCAGUCUACCCAAGAAAGUGAAGGUGACGCUGUGAGUUUACAUCUGUUGCAGUUACUAUUUCAUGAGAGAAAACGCCUGGCAUCAGGACAGGUCAUGUACGAGGGUUUGGAAUACUGUGACGAAAGGUUCAGUUUAGAUCUCACGUGUGGAGUCUUUCCCUGGAGAGGGCCGACCGGCAAUACCAAAUUUCUGAGCUGCCAGACUGUAGAAAAAUUUCCCAAGCCGGUUGACGGAGAGGAUAGCGUUAAUGAAGUAAUAUCUCCUGAGACCAGUGUAUCAGUCUUCAGCUGGCAAGUGAAUACGUAUGGUGAGGGAAAGCCAUCUACUUACUUGGGUGUAUUUGACAUUAACCGCUGGUAUCACGCUCAAAUGCCAGAUUCACUGAGGCCGGAAGAACUCCUUCACGACUGCCCCUAUUUUGCGCUGUGGUCACUGGAUACUGGACUAAGUAUGACUUCUCCAAGCCUCGUUUUGGAUAUUCGAGUACGUGAGCAGAGUCUCUGUCGCGGAGUGCCUCCUUCCUAUCCACCACCUGAUCAGUUUUUUAAUCCAAGCUCCUAUAAUUUUGAUGGUACGUGCUUGCUGAACUCCGGAGUUGUCCAUAUGACUUGCACCAGCUUCCAGAAGGAGAAUGAUCGCCAUCCUCGCUUCAGAGAGGGGGCAUGUGCCAGAAAGUCUGAAUUACGCCCAUAUCGGAAGAUCCUUCCUAGAGUUCAAAGGCAGCUGGCUGCAGAGAGAGCCAGGCCUUACCAUUUGCCUUCGUCGGCCUUAAGAGGAGUUGCGAGACCAAAGCCAGUAUCAAGAGCAAGAAAACCAGCCAAUUCAGGAUAUCUGGAUAUCAUAGCAACUUUCAUGAGUAAUGUGUUAUCCAGAAUUGGAGCAGCAUGGGCAGGAAAUGAGCAGAAAACCUUUUCCUCACGAUAUGAUAGGUAAGCAGCCUUUUCACAAAGUUCAGUUUUGAGCUACGUGUGUGGAGAGGAAUAGCGAAAAAUCCAUUUGGAUUAUGUUAGUAUUCUGGAAGGAAGGUGUACCUGAAUAAACUUUGAUUGGCUUUUUUGUAAUCAGUUCAUCCAAAGUAAUAUUUGGAGAGAGACUUUUUCGGCUAUGAUAAUCUUAUUUAGGCCAAGACCUAUACUGACACGAUGGUAAAUGUGUUUUCAAGAAUUUAAGACAGCUGAAACUAGAACUGUGGUUGCCACCAAGCUCUCGGUGUACUGCUUUUGAGACACUUGGUUAUGUGGCCAAACAGGGAUCUUUGACCGCUUCCUGCCCAGUGUCUGCUUCGUUUCUGCCUUUCCUUCUUAACAUCGGGCGGAAUUGUAACGAGCGGAAAAGAGGCUGGUGGUUGUCAGAUGAUUUUCCUUCAGGGGCGAUGGUCAAAUAAACCUGAAUUCCGGUAUGUUUGGACUUCAGGGGAGUGAAAGUCAGUUACCUUUCCCUGUUUGUUCUAGUGCUAGAGCUGCAGAGCCACCAGCCGUACCUCGUCCUCUCCCUGAGGCAGAGUUGCAGUGUGGUUUUUGGGACACUAGGGACACAAAUAUCAGUAUAUGUUGGGGGGGUUUUUUGUCUUCCCUUUACAAAAACCACCUGCAUGUUAUUGACUGUGAGGUUUUGUUGGCUUUUUUUUUUGUAUUUUAAUAAAGGUAACCAACGAUGAUAUAGCACUGCCUGGGGAUUCAUGGGAGCAUCAUCAUGGAAUGGCGGAGGAUGCAUCGUCUGAGACUAGAGAUAAGGCAACUGUGCUUACUCUGAGCAAUCCUGAGGAGGAUCGUGCUGAAGUGGAAGCGUUUUCAAAAAGCAUACCUGGAGAUGGUUUGGAGAAAAUGGAUGUCAGCAAAGAAAACAGCAACUUCUCUGCCCGUUCAGACCAAACUACUUUGGAGUAUCACGAUGCAAAAUCACCUGGCGGUUUUUCAUCUGUUCCCAUGUGCCGAAUCGCAAAUAGCUUAGCUGUUGAUUUCUGGUGGCGAAAAAACAAGCUACAGGCAGCAGCCAGCCCGUGUUUUCUCAUGAGUUGAUAGGCAGUGCUUUUCACCUCUUAGUCUAGGCCAAUCUGAAAAUACUAUGAAAUUGUAGACUCUCAAGUAAGAAGGUAGCAGUUUUUUCUUAUUUUGUUGGUACUUUUGUCUUCUGUGCAAAACUUGCAGGUUUCCAAUCCAGGAAUGCUUUUUUUUUUCUCGGCAAAGUAGUCCAGGUAACGAGUCUCUUGGAUGUGCUUGGAGAUAAAUGUUCUGUGGUUCCUGUUGAAUUCAAGCCGUUCCUAAAAUAAAAUGUGUUUUUCAAAGCCC